AAGCCGUUGGUUCCAUGUUGUUUCCGGAUGAGUUGUUCGUUGGAUGAGGAAGUUGGUCUGCUGCUCACAGCAGUCGAUAAGUGACAGUUACGGAACCGACGGGGAAGAAAGUUGACCUUUCCAGAAGGAAGCGCGACCGACUUCGUGAUGGGAGUAAGGCCACCUUGGUCGUUCGUUUAGAACUUGCCUUUGCCGAUGAACAGACGAGCCUCUUCCGGGCCCGCAACUGGUGGGUUCCUUCGACGCAUGUGCAAAUGGAGGCCAGCCUGACUUGCGCCGUCUGCCUGGCGCUUUUCGAGAACCCCGUCACGCUCCCGGUGUGUUCGCACAACUUCUGCCGAUCUUGCGUGGACGAGUGCCUCAGCCAAGCCUCGCUCCCCGCUCUCUCCGCCGUCUCCUCCUCACGGUCGGCUCCACGAAGCUAUGAUCCACUCCGGACGUCGAGGCGUGGCGGCGACUCCGUCAGCGUGUCGUGCCCUCUGUGUCGAAAGCUCUGCCCGCUCCCUGCCGACCUCGGGGCUGCCGCCUUGCCGGUCAACACCACCUUGGCGGAGCUGGUGAAACUGUUCAAAGCUGCGAAGCCGAGCCAGGGAGCGACGCCGGAGGAGGCCUCUUCGGCGCUGGCCCCUCACUUGGCCGCCCUGGGCGUCGCUUGUGAGAAGCACCCGGGGCGACUAAUGCAGCUCUACUGUCGCAUGUGCCGCCGCGGGGGCUGCGGGCAGUGCGUGUCCGAGGAGCACCGUGGCGUCUUCCACUCCGUCAACCUCAUCGAUACGGUCUACCAGGAGGAGAAACUAGCUUUCUUUAGUAACUUGAAGAAAAUAAGAGAAUUACAUCUAACUCUGAAGAAGGAAAUAACAGUUCCUCAAAUUGAUGCAGAGAAGCAUGAAAAGGAGUUAAUUGAAACUGAAUUUGAAAAAGUUCAUAAUGCUCUGGAAAUGAGGAAAAAACAGCUGCUUGAAGACCUUGAAAUCCAAAAGACAAGGAAAGAGAAGGAGAAUCUAGUAUGGAAGAAAACAAAGGAAGCACACAGGAAAACCAUUGAAAAUGUUCUGACUGACUGUGAAAAGCUUUUAGAUGAGUGUGAUCCCCAACGUUUCUUAGAGGUUGCAUGCAGCUUGAAUCAAAGAAUGAUCACUCAGCUUGACCUGAUACAGUUAUCAUCUGACCAGGAUGAAAGCCAACCAGAAUGCAGACAAAUGCAAAUUGAUACUACUUCUUUAGUUAAGGAUAUCUUAGCUUUGAAUCUCACUUCUGUUAAUUCAGAUGCUGCAAAAGCAGAAACUUUUUCCAGAGGUAGUAAACUUUCUAUAUUUCAAAGUCCUGGAAGUAAAUGGGAAGCUAAGAAAAACAAACAGAAUACAUUCUGUCCAGUGGAAGGAGAGGAUAUUUUGCCUAGUGGUAGGCACAUUGCUACUCGAUUUAUGUCGAUUUCUGCAACUACUGAUUUUAGAAGCAUGAGUCCUGAGGAGGUUCGUUAUAAUUAUUACAUGAAACAUCAAAUGUAUUCAGAUAAAUUACAGACACAAACCUUACUUCUAAAUGAAAGGUAUACACAGCCAAAACUUCAGUCUUCAAAAAACGCAACUUUAGAAGUUAUACCUUCUUGCCUUAAUACUAAAGCAAAUAACCAGAAGAAAAUGAGACGGCAAUUAUUACAAAGAAAGGCAGUCAAAGAAACUAGUUCCCCUGAUUUACCAGGUUUUUCCUUCAAAACACAAGCUAUGAACUUUAAUUUCUCUGGCUCAAACAAUAAUUUUAAUCUACUGAAUGUGCAAGGAUCCCAGAAAGAUAGCAAGGAAACUUUUCCAUCAGAAAGAACCAAGAGCUGUUUUGAAAAGGACACAGUUCUUGCACUUCCAACAGUAACUCUUCCUUCGGAAACCAUGUUCUCAUUUACCAUGUUCCCAAAUAUAUCUCAGCCAACAGCACUACCAAGCGCUAAUUUAAGUCCAUAUUUCAAAUGUAGUAUUAUGGAAAGUCAAACUCCAGUUUCUGUUUCUAGUUCAAGUGGCAAUAUGAUGGUGGUUGGAGCAAAUAAAAGCUCACCUACGUCUGUCGAAAAAUAUAAUUCAGUUUCCUCCACUCUUUUUCUGGUACAAUCUAAAAGCCAAGAAUGCAACAUUAAAAAUAACGCAAAUGGAUAUGAUUCAGUCUCUACUACUGCUAUUAAUAGUAUCACUACCACUACCAGCAGCGCUAAACCAGCAGGAAGUGGGAAUCUAUUAAUCCCAGCUUUUUCUACCAAACUUGAGAAUGAUUGUUUUCAAACAACUAAACCGAACUUUUCAGAACAAACCUCGUGUUCAGUAUCACUUCCUAUUCAGAAGAUAGAGCAAGGGAAAACAGAUACCUGCUUCAAUAAGGAGAGUACUCCAAGGCGCAGUUGGCUCACUUCUGCAGAAGGCUGUCCUAAGCAUUUAGUAGAUGACUCUAAUGCCAUUUUCAGUUAUGCUUCUGACAAGCAGACUGCACCUUGUGUUACCGUUCCCAAUCAUUCAUACAUAAACAAUGCUCCAAAUCUGUUUUCUUUUAAAGGAUGUAUCAAAAAUAGUUGUGGCACUUUUGCCUCCUCCAUUAUCCCUUGUAAUAAAACUGAAUGUGCACAUGAGAAAACAGUGAAAGCAACCGAAAAAAAUUCAACUGCAAAAAAAUCUGUGCCUUUAAGAAAUGAUGUACCUUUUUAUCAAGAAGUGAAAGACCUGAUGUGCCAUUCUUCAUCAUUCUCAGUGUCUGAAAUCAGAAACUGUCUGAAAUCAGAAACUGAUAAUGUCCUUGUCUCUCAGCAACCUGUGGGCUGUGAUCCCCUUGCAAACAGCACUUCAGUUUCAUCUGUUCCUACUGAUGUUAGCAGUCCGUUAGAAAAUGCUUCAGCACAUGUGGAAGACCAUAGACGAUCUCCUUCAGUGACCAGUGCAGCAAGUUGUACAGUAAAUUCAGAUUCUGAUGUAGAAGAUCUAAGUCAAGCAUCAAACAGUAGUGACUCUAGUAGUGCAUCAGAAUAUUUUUGUCUUGCUGAAGAUAAAAUAUUGCCUAAUUAAAAACUGAGUACAUGCAACAGAAUAAAGUGGAAGAAUGAACUAAAUUCAGUAAAUCUUGAGUAAUUAGUAUUGCUAAGGAGCAAUGUGGUCACACCUAAUACUAGAUUGAGAUAUGUUUGAUAUAACUUAGUAUAUUAUUCUGAAGUACAUGGCAUCUAUAUGAGUUGUUCGUCUUACUUCAUCUGGAAUAGUUUUUUUUUAUAUCAGUGGCAUUAUUUAAAAUGUAACUAUCCCUAUGAACCUAUAGCUAUGUAAACCUUCAGUAAUAUACUAUUCUGGUGUGACCAAAAUGUGAACUGUGGUUUAGGUUGCAACCCUAUGGCCUCCCAGGGUUUAUCAGUCCCUCCUCUGCAAUCCUAAGUUCUUGGAACUAGUGCUCUGAAGACUGAGCCCCUACCAUGCCUCCACUUCCAGCUGGUGUAGAAAGAACUGUACCAGCUGCCUCUCUAAGGAUGCAAAUACUCCUUGGAGGUGAGAAGAGGAGGUAUGCCAGGGCCAAGUGGGGAAAUGGCUAGACCUGAAAACUUACACUGAUUCCUAUCAGUGUUCUUGCUUGCUUCCCUCCCCCUCACCAGCAAUUUAACUGAAUAGCCUUCAGCUAUCUAGAUAAAAACCAAGCUGCAGGAUGGGCAGAAAUUGCCAUUGCUGCACCCUGUUUAGGAUGUAGUAUGCAUGUAAACCUGAGUGAGUGUAAUGGAAUUGUGUCCUAAAUGUUGGUUUACCAAGCAGUAUCUGGAAUCAUGGUUUAAACUGCCAAUAUGAAUCUGCAUUUUCUUGUUGCCAGUAUGAUAGGAAACUGCUUUAAUUAGAUAGAGGUCCACACUCAGGCGGGAAGGCUGGUGAAAUGUAUGAUUCUAAUUCCCAACUUCAUCAACAUUGGUUUUGAAACUGGGAUUGUUGAGCCAUUGUUACAACUUCUGAGUUGUAUAUGUCUAGUACUGUAGAAAGCUGUUCCUACAGGAUUCUCAUAAUUCAUUAUAACCAGCAUUUUUCCUUCGCUACAUAUCUGCAGAAUAUUCUUCCUUUCUCAGCAUUACAGAAUUAUGUGGAAGACCUUUGAAUUAGUAAGGCAUUCAAUUCAUUCCUACAUCGCUCAAGAAGCAGUACACAAAGUGUGCUAGGAGCUCAAGCUUGAAGAUGUGGUGCUUAAUAAUGUAGUACCCAGUAUUUUUUACACAAUGUACUUCUUUUGUAAAGCUGAGUAACAUGUGGCAAUAGCACUCUAAUUUUCAUAAAAUAAAUUCUGAUGUGAAUUGUA